AUGCAGAAACUGCAAAACCAGCUGGAGACAAUGAAGGAAUCAUUGGCCAUGGUCCAAAACACAUACACCAGCAUCAACGAAGCAAUGCAGAAUAUGAUAAAAGAAGCUCCAGUGGAAAUGCCAUACAGGCACGUUGUCAUCACCGAAUCCUUCAUCAACAACCUCGACCAAGACACCGUGCUCAUGCUCGACAUGUUCCAAGCGAUGCAGGAGAACAUGAGUGCAUCAACACACAUCUGCAAGAAAAUCAUUCACGACCACCAAGCCCCAUGA